UAUUUUCACUUGAAAGUUGAAAGAGAAAAGUUGGGGCAGGACAGCUUCUCUCGUGUGACAAGAAGACACUGCAUUGGGUGGGGGUCCAGUGGCAUAUCAAGGCUCUUCUCCCCGAGCAAACUUGAUUAGAAAAUUUGAAUAAAAAAACACAACUUCUUUACAAGUUAAAUGCAAUUAUGCGAAUGCGAUCUUAUCAAGAUGACUUCUGGCGCCGCCCUUCCCAAUCCAAUUCAAUAGGGUUGACAUUCUUGAGAACUGAUCGGAAAUCGUAAUAGACCUCCGGAGACCCCGUCUGUGGUUUUCUUGCUCUGGCUUCUACUUUCUAAUAUCUUUUCAAGCAAAAAACCUGGGGUGUUUUCUCAUGCUUGUGUUUUUCAAGACGCGAUUAUCCAGGGAAUCUUAGUCCGAAAUAUAAAUCUUGUUUGAGAAAAAAGAAUCGUUGCCCUUAGGCCGAGAUGUUCUUCUCAUCGGGAGCCCAAAUAUGCAAAUAUCCUUCCGUCGCCGCCAUGGGGAUACAGAAUCCUUUCCCUAUCUCUACUUGCGGAUUCUUCUGCCUUCUCGCCGCUCCUAUUUUUGUUUUUAUUUUAUUUUUAUUAUUCUCCUCCAUCACAGCCUGUCCACGUUAUCUCGUGUAUCUACUCUGCUAUCGGGUUCUUUCUCCUUCCUCCAAUAUGUAAUCCUGCGUUAAGCCCCGACAAAAUCAUAUGCAAACCACAUUAUCUCAUUUAUCUAUUUAAAGUCUAGCUUCAUCAUCCAUGGAGAGGCAGAGAAGCUUCUCCUUCAAACCCACUAGGCUUCUGGUUUUUUCGUUUACAAUCUGUUCCUUUGUCGUCGUCCUUACUGCUUUCACGAUUUGGUUCAAAAAGUUCUCGCCUUCAGUCCACCAGCAGGCUCAUGUACAGUUCAACAUAUCUCUCAGUGCGGGCGACAUUCCUUUGGCCGUUCAGAACUCGACUGGUUUUACUAGAAACUUUACGGAAGAUGGUGUAAAAAUCCCUGCUUUGAUUGAAAAUCGUCAAGGUUGGUCCGAUAAUAUCUCUGACGCUGACAGUUAUUCUGGGUCGAAUUCUUCCGUGCCGGACGAAGCUCAUGCUUCGGGUGCUAAUUUCACGGCAAUGCAAGAUGUCGUCGAGGAUGAAUCUCCAUCUGGGGUGGUUAGAGAUAAACAGGGGAAUGUAAUUCUUAUUUUAAAUGAGAAAACGGAUGGCGACAGGAAGGACAAGUUGAUUGCUGCAGCAGCUUCGUCCCAGAAGAUUGAAGUUCCAACCGGGAAGAAGCUUGGACAGAAAACAGUCGAAGACUGUGAUUUAACAAAAGGGAGUUGGGUUUUUGAUGAAAGCUAUCCUCUGUACACGAAAGAUUCGUGUCCUUUCAUAGACGAGGGUUUCGAUUGCCAGGGAAAUGGAAGAUCAGAUAGCGACUACUUAAAGUGGAGAUGGCAACCGCAAGGCUGUGAUCUUCCAAGGUUCAAUGCGACAAAAAUGCUGGAGUUGAUUAGAGGGAAAAGAGUAGUGUUUGUGGGGGAUUCCAUUAAUCGGAACCAAUGGGAAUCACUGCUGUGUAUGUUAAUGGGUGGUAUCAGGGAUCCGAGGAGAGUGUACGAGACCCAUGGACGGAAGAUCACGAAAGAGAAGGGAAAUUACAGUUUCAGGUUUCUGGUAAUUCUAAUUUCUGCUGAAUCUUUAUUUGUUUUUGUCUGGCCGUGGCAAGUGCAUCAAGUUGUUGGACUACCCACCUCGCAGGACUACCAAUGCACAGUUGAAUUCUAUGUGUCUCAUUUCUUAGUCCACGAAAGCAAGGCAAGAAUAGGGCAGAAACGGAGGCCAACCCUGCGAAUUGACGCCAUUGAUCGUGGGUCCUCGAGGUGGAGAGGGGCUGAUAUUUUGGUUUUUAACACUGCACAUUGGUGGUCACAUUACAAAACAAAAGCCGGGAUUAAUUACUAUCAGGAAGGGAGCAUAGUUCAUCCGCAACUAGAUGUGUCAACAGCUUUCAGGAAAGCUUUGAUGACAUGGGCUUCAUGGGUCGACAAGCACGUCAAUACCAGGAAAACACGAGUCUUCUUCCGAAGUUCAGCACCUUCUCAUUUCAGGGGAGGGCAGUGGAAUACGGGAGGGCAUUGUAAGGAGGUGACAAGUCCGCUGAAUGAAACCUUAAGCGCAGCUAAACCUGAGAAGAAUGGAAUCGUGGAGGAGGUGAUGAAGCAGAUGAAAACGAGGGUGACAUUGUUGGAUAUAACAAGGUUGUCGGAGUAUAGGCUUGAUGGGCAUCCCUCUAUAUAUGGAUGGAAGUCAGGGAAGAGCAGUAAAUUGCACAGCACACAAGACUGUAGCCAUUGGUGUCUUCCUGGGGUUCCAGACACAUGGAAUGAGCUGCUAUUUUAUCACGUGUACGCCCCGUCAGAAUGAGCUGUCACCCUUCUGAUUUAUUGAUUGAUUGAUUUAUUUUCUUUUCUGAUGCUGUUUAGUUGUAAAAUCUUCCUCUCAUCCCCUUAGAUAGAUGCAUUUAGAUUAUGAGAAUAGUUUAAGAAUGAAAUAAUCUCUCUCUCUCUUAAAAAAAUUUGCCCUUAACCUAACUUUUCUCCACAAAAAAGGGGACACACAUCAUGGAAGCAUACAAAUGUAUUAGUGUUGGGGUUGGAUUGGUGGCAUUAACAAAUGAAAUAACUUGUCAACUUUA